GAGGGGCCAGCUGUAAGGAAGGAGCAUGUGCUAUAUGCCGAUCGCCGAUACAUACUGAUAUUUCAAAAUGAAGAUGAACUCGAUGGUCACCUCACUAUGCCGGAAUGCGUUCCGGCAUCUGCUGCUGACUCUUGGCUUCUUCUGCCUGACUUCUGUAAAUUCGAACUAUAUCAUCAUUAAUUUCACAUUUAUCUGUAUGGCACGUCCUUUAUAUAGCGAUAAUACGUCGCCAGCAAGCAAUGAUGUGAGUUUAUUCAUUUAUAUUCAUCUUUUCAUUCAAUUCUCCAAAAAUUCCUACAAGUUCUCGUUUUGCUGAUU